GCGUAUUUCACUUUGUAUGUUGAUUACAAUAUGGCGGAAGGAGAGGAGCCGGAGAAGAAAAGAAGGAGAAUAGAGGAGCUGAAUAAGAACAUGGUUGUGGAUGAAGGUAUUGGGGAUUGCAAUGACUGGCAGGGAAGAUGGGACCAUGUCAAAAAGUUCUUGGAGAGAGCUGGACCGUUCACUCAUCCAGAUUUUGAACCCAGCAAUGAGUCUCUCCAGUUUUUACUGGACACAUGCAAAAUUCUGGUUAUUGGAGCUGGUGGACUCGGAUGUGAACUGCUGAAAGAUCUGGCCUUGUCAGGUUUUCGACACAUUCAUGUGGUGGACAUGGACACUAUUGAUGUUUCCAACCUCAACAGACAGUUCCUCUUCAGACCUAAAGAUGUGGGGCGACCAAAGGCAGAGGUUGCAGCAGACUUCAUAAAUGGCAGAAUAGCAGGAUGCAAUGUUGUUCCACAUUUCACGAAAAUCCAGGACUUGGAUGACACAUUUUACAGGCAAUUUCAUAUAGUAGUGUGUGGCCUGGACUCGGUUGUUGCCAGAAGAUGGAUGAAUGGCAUGCUGCUGUCCCUGCUGAUCUAUGAAGAUGGCGUGCUGGAACCCAGCUCCAUUAUUCCUCUUAUAGAUGGAGGCACAGAGGGCUUCAAGGGCAAUGCUCGAGUCAUUCUUCCUGGCAUGACAGCUUGCAUUGACUGCACCCUGGAGCUCUACCCCCCGCAGAUAAAUUUCCCAAUGUGUACUAUCGCCUCUAUGCCAAGGUUACCUGAACAUUGUGUUGAAUACGUCCGCAUGCUGCUUUGGCCCAAAGACAAGCCCUUUGGAGAUGAUGUUGCCCUAGAUGGGGAUGACCCUAAGCACAUCCAAUGGGUGUACCAGAAAUCUCUAGAAAGAGCAGCAGAGUUCAACAUCACAGGGGUGACUUACAGACUCACCCAGGGAGUUGUCAAGAGAAUAAUUCCUGCUGUUGCUUCUACAAAUGCUGUUAUUGCUGCUGCUUGUGCCACAGAGGUUUUCAAAAUUGCCUCUAGUGCCUACAUCCCCUUAAACAACUACCUGGUGUUCAAUGAUGUCGAUGGACUGUACACGUACACCUUUGAGGCUGAAAGAAAGGAGAACUGUUCUGCCUGCAGUCAGGUGCCACAGGACCUGCCAUUCCUACCCUCGGCUAAACUACAAGAGGUUCUGGACUACUUGAUUGAGAGUACUUCUCUCCAAAUGAAGUCACCUGCCAUCACUACAACUAUGGAUGGAAAAAACAAAACUCUGUACUUACAGACUGUAGCGUCUAUUGAAGAGAGAACGCGUCCCAAUCUAAGCAAAACACUGAAAGAGCUUGGACUAGUGAAUGGCCAAGAGCUGGCAGUGGCUGAUGUCACAACUCCUCAGACACUGCUCUUCAAACUCAUCUUUAUCUCAUAGGACAAAUGCUUCAUUCUCAUGGACCGUUUUAAGCAUUUAUUGCAGUAGUCAUCAAAAUGAAGCAGCCUAGGCAAUGCAGUCUGUAAAUAUCAUCUUGCAGUGCAUCAUUACUGACAUCACAUGUUCAUGCUCAUUUGUAACAUUUGUGGUUGGCAUUUAAUAUCUUAUUUUUGGUCAGUUUGAUCCAUCUAUGAAUUACACUUCGAGGGGUCUGCUGUUUCAUUGAUUAGCACUGCUAUAUUCUUCACAGGAGGCAUUUUGUUGGAUUUGGUUUUCUUUUAUAAGCAAACUGUUUAUGUAUUUAUUUUGUUAUUGUUCUGCAUUAAUACUAUUGUCUGUCUUGUUCAUUGUCUUGUAGAAAAAAAUUGUUCAUGUUUGAAUUAAAAAGGGUAUACCUUAUUUUAAAAAGUAUUAGUGUCAUUGUACAGUAAUUUGCCUGGUUUGUGAGUAGAUUUACUCUGCAAAAUACCUUUACAUUUUAUUUUGCUCAUUUAGUCACUAACUUGAGCAAUGGAUCAUGUACAAUAUUGCAUGUGUGAGUUUGGAUCACGAUGAGGAGUUGCUGUGAGUAAAGGAAAUGUUUAUAGAUUACUAACAGUAUAUUGUUUGUUGUGGGCUCAUUCAGUAAUUAGAAAAGAGGUUAGGAUGUACUAGUCAGUACUGCACUGUCGUGGUAUACUGAAUGUUACAGUCUACAGGAGGUCAACACAUUUUUAGUUUACCGAAAUACAAUCAGACUUAUUUGCAAGGUCAGGCUGACUUCUGUAUCUUUUAUUUGUACAGAAUAAACUUUUUAUUUGGACAAUGCAGUUGGUUCAAGUGAUGCUCCCAGCAGCUUUUAUAAGAGCUAGAACUGGUUGUCACUGCAUCAUAUACAUCAAUGGAACAAGCAAACAGCGAUGUUGAGUCAACAUUAUUUUUUAAAUGUAGCAUGCCAUACUUAUUGUAUUGUUUAACUAACCUAGUUAACAAAAAAAUAAAA